UAAUAAUAAUACACAAUUUAAUUUAUAAAUUAAUUUAAAAGUCCACAGUGUUGACAUUCUUCAACACCACUGUAACACUGCAAUUAUAUAUAAAUACUGACUACGUGAAACCCUAAUUAAUUCUUCAUUCAGAUCACACAAAAAACAAAUUAUUAAACCUAUACAAAAAAAAGUUUAUAAAUCUGAGAUGAAGAAUCUGUUCAUCUGGGCCGCCGCCGUGGUUCUUCUCCCGGCGGCGGUGCUCGCCGACUGCACGUGCGAGGCGGAGGAGGAUGGCGACCGGAGCAGGAGCCUGGCCCUCAAGUACAAGUUGGCUGCCAUCGCCGCUAUUCUGGUGGCGAGCGCCGUCGGGGUGUCUCUUCCGGUGGUCGGGAGGAGGGUUCCGGCGCUGAGUCCGGAGAGGAAUUUCUUCUUCGUGAUAAAAGCCUUCGCCGCCGGCGUGAUUCUGUCGACGGGGUUCAUACACGUGUUGCCGGAUGCUUUCGAGAGUUUGACGUCGCCGUGUAUUCCGGCGAGCCCGUGGGGGGAUUUUCCGUUCACCGGAUUUAUCGCCAUGGUCUCCGCUAUUGGGACUCUGAUGGUUGACACGUACGCCACCUCGUACUACCGGCGCCGGUCGAAGGACAAGGCGGCGGAGGGAGUCGGCGGCGCCGGAGAAGGGAUUCUUCCUGUUCACACCCACGCCACUCACGGCCAUGCACAUGGGUCGGUUUCAAUGGAAGCGGAUUCCGGCGAAAGUGACGUGCUUCGCCACCGUGUGAUUUCACAGGUGUUGGAAUUGGGAAUCAUAGUACAUUCUGUAAUAAUUGGAAUUGCAUUAGGAGCUUCACAAAGUCCAAAAACAAUAAGACCACUAAUUGCAGCUUUGUCCUUCCAUCAAUUCUUUGAAGGCAUUGGUCUUGGUGGCUGCAUUACUCAGGCAAGGUUUAAAGCAAGGGCAGUAACAAUAAUGGCAAUAUUCUUCUCCAUAACAACCCCAACCGGAAUAGCAAUCGGAAUCGGAAUAACAAACAUCUACAGCGAAACGAGCCCAACGGCUCUGAUUGUACAAGGAGUUUUCAAUGCAGCAUCGGCCGGAAUAUUGAUUUACAUGGCGCUUGUCGAUCUUCUUUCUGCCGAUUUUAUGAGCCCGAAAAUGCAAAGUAAUGGAAAACUACAAUUAGGGGCAAAUUUGUCACUUCUUAUUGGUGCUGGUUGUAUGUCUCUCAUAGCCAAGUGGGCUUGA